AGGAUCAAAACCAAAGAGAGUCAUGAAGAUGAAAGCGCUUGUUCAUUUGGUUUCUGUAAUCUACGUAGUUUUUGUGUUGCUGGGUAUCUAUGGACCGGUAGAGGGGAGGUUACUAUCUGUGAAGGAGAAACCCGACCGGAAAAACGCUGCCGCCACUGCUCGUUGGCUGGUCUCUCAGAAUUCCUGGGGUGUUUUGAAUACCAUCUCAAAUGAAUUGGGAGGAGCACCCUUUGGGAAUGUGGUUUCAUUUAGUGAUGGGGAACCUGGAAAAGGCAAGGGUAUCCCUUACUUCUACUUGACAGCUCUAGAUCCGACUGCGAAAAAUGUACAGAAAGACCAAAGGGCUUCAUUGACAAUUAGUGAACACCCUAUUGGAACGUGUGGCAAAGUCGACCCUGAGAACCCCACCUGUGCAAAGAUUACACUUACAGGAAAGUUAAGGAUUGCUAAUGGAAGUCCCAACGAACGAAAAAUUGCUAAGAAGGCCUUGUUCUCAAAGCAUCCAGAGAUGAAAUACUGGCCCAAGGGUCACAACUUCCAGUUUUUCAAAUUAGACAUCGAGGAUAUCUUUUUGAUCAAUUGGUUUGGGGGUCCAAAACCUCUCACAGUUGAUCAAUAUCUUCAAGCGAAAUUGAUAGAACAAGCCUUCAUUCUGUGAUUAAUCUACAAACGAUGGUUCCACUUGAAUGUGAAUGGUAAUGAGUUGGAUCUCCAUCUGAAUUGUGUACUGUGAUUGUGUAAAUGAAAAAGGAGACAAUUGGAAAUAAUCAUGUAUUUCUAUAAACUGGCACAGCACACAAAUAUAGAAUAACAGUACAGAAUAAUUUGUUUGUACAAAGGAGCUCAAAUUUCUGUGUUGUAUGCUGUACCAAUGGAUAUUGACAUGCUCUUCAUCUGUAAAUAAGUGAUUCAAGUCAUGUCUUCACCUGUAUGCAUUUCAGAGCUUCUUUUCAGCUUCUUGUCAUUUGUAGUAG